CGGGCCUGGAUAGGUGCGAGGAAAGAAGAGGCUGCAGGCGCCUGAGGCAAAAAGUGGGACUUUGCUGGGCCGGCCGACCUGGAGAGCGGGCGUGCCCCGUCGGGGCCGCGGGACGGCCCCGCUUCCCUCUCCCCCAGGCGUGUAAUGUUGCUGAGGUGGCAGAGCGAGGUCGGACUCCUUCCGAAGCGCCCCUGCUGAGGGACGAAGCAGAGUUCUGUGGCUACAAACCAAAAUGGCUGGUAGCCCUGUGGGCAUGAAACUCUAACACUCCCACCCCCAGCUUGGAGGGACUGAGCACUUACAAAAGGGAAUGUUACGGUGGACAGUGCAUUUAGAAGGUGGUCCCCGGAGAGUAAACCACGCCGCUGUGGCAGUUGGACACAAAGUCUACUCUUUUGGAGGCUACUGUUCUGGUGAAGACUAUGAGACUUUGCGACAGAUUGAUGUUCAUGUAUUUAAUGCAGUCUCUCUGCGCUGGACCAAGCUUCCACCAGUGUGGACGAACAGUAGGGACCACGUGAGGGAAGUUCCCUACAUGAGAUAUGGACACUCUGCAGUGCUCAUUGAUGAUACCAUCUAUAUCUGGGGAGGUCGCAAUGACACUGAGGGAGCCUGCAAUGUACUAUAUGCCUUUGAUGUCAGCACACACAAAUGGUUCACACCGAAAGUUUCUGGAAUGGUUCCAGGAGCAAGGGAUGGACAUUCGGCUUGUGUCUUAGGAAAGAGCAUGUAUAUCUUUGGUGGAUAUGAGCAGCUGGCUGAUUGUUUUUCAAAUGACAUUCACAAAUUGGAUAGUAGCAACAUGAUGUGGAGUUUGAUCUGUACCAAGGGUACACCAGCUCGUUGGAGAGAUUUCCACUCAGCCACAAUAAUUGGGACAAAGAUGUAUGUGUUUGGGGGAAGAGCAGAUCGCUUUGGGCCAUUCCACUCCAACAAUGAGAUUUACUGUAACCAAAUCAAAGUAUUUGACACAGAUACCAACUCUUGGCUGGAUUCUCCUCCUGCUCCCCUCCUCCCUGAAGGCAGAAGGAGUCACUCAGCAUUUGGCUACAAUGGAGAGCUGUAUAUAUUUGGUGGCUACAAUGCACGUCUGAACAGACAUUUCCAUGAUCUUUGGAAAUUUGAUCCAGUUUCUUCUACCUGGAAGAGAAUCGAUCCCAAAGGGAAAGGGCCAUGUCCUCGCCGCAGGCAGUGCUGUUGUAGAGUAGGAGACAAGAUCAUCCUCUUUGGAGGCACCAGCCCAUCCCCAGAGGAAGGCAUAGGAGAUGAAUUUGACCUGAUGGAUCACUCCGACCUGUACAUCUUAGACUUCAGUCCCAGCUUAAAAACACUGUGUAAACUGGCAGUAAUCCAGUACAAUCUGGACCAGUCUUGCCUCCCUCAUGACAUAAGAUGGGAACUCGCAGCAAUGACAACAAACAGCAACAUCAGCCGGCCAAUCUUCUCCUCCCAUGGAUAGUCUGGUCUCCUGCUCUCCCUCCCAGCUGCCCUUGGUUCCCUUCCUUGCAGACCUCAUCUACUGUCUCUCUCACUGUGCAUGAAUAUUUAACCUAUUCAGGAAAGGGGCAUUCUUCACCAGCGCUAGGAGGGCUGUAUUUGCCCAUCCUGUGGUCACAUCUGUCCCACUAUAAUUUUGCCAAGACCUUUGUCCAAAAGGCAGCAUGCACACAAAACUGGACAGCGCACACUACAGAGAAGGAAGGCGGGUGUGUUUUUGCUCUCAGUAUUGGAAGCUACGGUUUACAUCCAAUCUAUUGCUGUAGCACAACUUGAAUUAAUAGGAAUAAAAGAAACACAAAUCUCAGGACUAACCGUGUAAGACCAGCAGUAUGUGCUUCACAUAAUAUCAAAGGCAAACAAAGCAAGGACUUGUCAAGGCUCAGCUUCUCUACAUCUCCUGUCAUUUUGAGUGCCUAGCCCUUCAUGUUAACCCAAGGGCUAAACUGAGUGCCCUGUCUUAAGCCAUUUUCUUUGCUCAGCUAUGAGCACAGAAAAGCAUGCCUGGUCUUUACACAUUUUAGAGCUUGGCUGGGUUUGCCCUUCCCAGUAGGCAUUGUGAGGAACUCUGUUUAUGAUACUCAAGCACUCAUUACCUUUGCAGUACUAUAGACUUCUGUGAGGUCAAAGUCUUAUGGGGGGUGGGGGGGAUAAUGUUUGACCAUUCAAGAUCUUGUAAGACAAAAUCAGAAAAAACAGAAUUUUUUCUGUGCCUGUUGCAGGAGGGGUUAACACAAGCCUUCUGUCCAGUGUGAUACACAAGCAGCAACUCUGAUUUAUAAAUACCAGAAGGGGUGGGGGAACCAAACUGGUAGAUUUGUGUCAGUGCUUUGUGUGCUGGAGGGUGAGUGGUGGACCUGUGCGGGGGUUGGGGUGCAGGAUCUGGAAGCCAUUGAAGCAAAAUGGAAGAACUGAUGUGAUUUACUGGCUAAGGGCUUGAAUUGGUAAGUCAAACUUUGCCCUGUCCAUGGACCCCCUACUAGCCUUAGGCAACCCACUCUUUCUCAGCUUCACACCACUCUGAAAUAUAGGAGUAAUACAUUCCUGCUUCACAGGGAUGUUGUAAAGAUUACAACAAAGUGUUCUGAAUAUUCAAAGUGCUAUAUAAAUGCUACAUAUUAUUUAUUAAAUUGGGCUUCAUCAUAACUCUUAUUAAACAAGGCUUUCAGCCACCCAAGAUAACUGAAGUGCCUUAAAUUUGCCUUACUAUUCCAUCAAGAUAUUUGACCCAAUAUCUUGGGUUACAUUAUUUGGGAUGGGGAAAGAAGUGAUAUUUUUGCUUGCUGUAUCACUCAAAUACAUUGCUUGCCUUGUGUUUUUGCAUCUGCAAGAGCUCAGUGUCACUUCUUAAAACUAAAGCUUAGCAUCUCAAGGUUUUAACAAAAAUCCAUGGACUGCAAAAAGCAUUAGGGAGGAGGGGUGCUUGCAUGCUCUUGCUUUUAUUCCAAGGUUCAUUUCAUACACACAAAAUCAGCCUACCAGUGUAUUCUAUCGGGUUAUCUCUGAUGCAUGAAAGCAGUUGGUGUGAUACACACAGCAGCACUGGAAAACCUAGUAUAACUGGCAAUGCAGUAAAGUUAUGGAUGUGUACAGAUAUUCACAACUAUUUUGAGGGGAGUUCAUGCUUGCAUGUGUUAGUUACAAAACACAAUAUUAUAGGAACAAUAGUACAGAGGAAACAAAUGAGAUCCGAGGAGUUCUUGUGGACGUGCAGCCUUUUUCCUCAGUCUUUCCAUCAUGGCAAAGUCACACGAUUCUAGUUCACAUGUUCAUAACAAUGUAUAACUAACCCUUCCUAGAAAGAGACACCACAGUGAGAACAUCAUUACUUGCCAUCACAUGAUCUCAAAUAGAAUGCAGUUCACUUGUUCAGCUACCAUUGAUCAAAUGUGUGAACUGCUCUUCAGACUAACUUUUAUUACAUAUAUUAUAAUAAAAAGGGCUGUCCCACCUCCAAGCCCUUAUUUUUGAAUUUUCCUUUGUAAUUUGGAUUUUCUUUGUGGAUGGACUUUGGGUCAAAUGGUUGUAGAGUGCUUGCCUCCUGACAGUUACUAUUUUUAGUUCUCCCUCCCUCCCCACACAUGCUUCCCUGGAUCAGUUCUUGGCUACCUCACACAAUUCCUGAAGAACUUUAGCAAUUCCUUCUUAGAUCAUCUGGUUCUGGGAGAAGGUCUGAUCUAGGGCGUACUGAUUCAACAGCAUUGAUAAACAAGGCAACCCUGGUGUGCUUAACUGCCUCUGCUGAGUUAAGAAGAAUGAGGUAUUUUUGUUAUAGAUUCCUCUGCUCAUCCCAGCAUCAUAUUCUUGAGUUUGAGUGGCACGCUGGAUAUCUCUGGUUCAGUUUCAGGACCUUAUCUGUGCUUCCCACCCCCAUCCACAAAAGCAACUGUGAUGAGCAGUUGGUUUUCCUGGUAUUGCUUGCUUUUGAACUCACUUCCUGCCAACCACAAACAGCCAGAAUUUAUCUUUGUCUUAUUUUUAUCCAAGAGUGGUUUCUUUUGGUUGCAAAUGGAAGCUAGAAGAUAAGUGCAGUAAAACAUUUGUGUUAAAACACUGACUACUUUUUAACAACUCAGAUUAAUUUCAGGUUUUCUUUCUGCCAAUAUGAAUAAAAGUAUGAUUCAAAUAAUUAUUUCUCAAACAGAGGCAAUAGAACUCUCAGACCUACAACACCAUGAUUCUCUGUUCCAAUGUGAGUAUGAUGCUAUUUAACUAAGGUGAUGUUUGUAGACAAACAGCUUCUUUUCCUUCAGAUAGAAGACAGGUACUCUAGUUUCCCUUUAAAAGAUUUUGAUAGCUUGAUGAGUCUUGUUUUGUGAUUUUUUAAAUAUAUAUAUAUAUAUAUAUUUCUCAAGGUCUGUGUUUAUACCUGUAUGGACAUUAUGGACUGCUUAUGGUGAGCUCCACUUUGGAGAGGAUUGAAAUUUCCAUAGAAGCUUCAAGACUACAAUUCCCAGCAUUCUUAGGCGGAAAGCCAUGGCAAGCGAAAUGGUACAAAACAAAUGGUUUUAACAUGUAACAUGACGUGUUAUACAUCCCAUAUAGCCUAUAUGGGAUAGGAUUUGGCAUGUUUUGUGUGUCCAUGCACAUGUGUGCUGCACAAGGGUCAAAAUCAGUUCUUCAUUGCUAUGUAUCUUGAUUGAUAAUAGAAGGCAGACUUGCUUUACGUGUCCUAGAAAAAUGGUACUGGCAGCAGUGCUUGCUCACUGCUACAAGGGGUUGCAGGGGCCCCGACCUCUCCCAGCCACCUUGCUUGUCUUUGCCACUACUGCUUUCUUCAAGUGGUUAUUGUACUUUACCCACUGGACUGAUUGUACAAGCUCCUCAUGAAGAGAACAUUAUUUUAAUCAGUCCCUACCUUUCUCAUUUUAGAUGACAGCGUAGUAUAGAAUAACAGGGUUUCUCUUUCAAAAUAUGAAUUUCUGCUGUAGAUCCUGGCUCUAGGCUAUAUAAAAGUACAUCUUCAGUAUUUUUAAAAAUAAUUUUUUGGGAGGAGGAAGCACCCACUGCCUUCCCAGAAAACCUUUUCCAAACAAAUAGGACAGCAAUAAUAUAAUCAGUAUACAAUCUAAGACUGUAAAACAGCAUUGUAGAACCACAAGGGGAAAUGUUACCAAAGUUUAAAAAGCAGCACAGCAACUCGCCACCCAAAACCCUGCCUCCCAAUCAAUGUUUUCCUCUGUUUCCUAUAGUGCUUUAGUUGUGCAAUUCUCCAGCCUCAUUCAAAGGAAUUUAGCUAUGGUCUGGAUGGUAAUAAUCAACUGAUAAUUAGCCUGUAUUUUCUCAGUGCUAUACCUGUCUUCUUUCUAUCUGCAAAAUGUUCUUGUAAGGAGAAAAGAAUAGCCAAGUGGUGCCAUUUUUCAUCCAGCAUGGGCCAGAAAAUGUGGGAGGAGUUGUCUCUGGGGAAAGAGGAUGCCAUCUUCAGGAUACCCCUCCUUUCUCCAUCACUUGCUGCACGUGUCCAGUUGUUUUAUGCCCUACAAAGCAAGGCUUUGCCCUCUUGCAAGGCUUUCCUCCAUUUACAAAGGGAGAAAUCCCAUAGAUUAUAAUGGCACUUCUGAGCAGGAGCUAAAAGUAAGGCUGCUGUCCUGCUGGUGCACAAUUGAUUAUUUUAAAUUCACAUUUUCAUUGUGCUGAAGUGAGGCACUCUGAAAUUGAGCAAAAAAUGUGUUUAUAUAUAUAUUAAAGGUGACAUUGAGGAAAAACUGGCAGCUUGUCCAUUUCAAUUGCUGCCUUCCUUUUUUUCUUUGAAAAAUUGGAACUUUGGAAAAUGGGCAGUGGCUAGUUGUAAAACUGAUGCGAAACCACAUUUACUCAGAAUUAAGGUCACAAUCCAUUUCCCUGCAGUAUAGCUUUUCCUCCCCACUUUUAAAGAAAAAUCACACACAGUGCUAAAUGAUGCUGAAAAGUACCUGUUUCAAAAAAGGGAGGAAAAAGGCGUGUGGUGAUCAUGCAGAGCUGGAAUAAUAGAUGACACAAUAGCGCUCGCUGCUACAUUGUGCUCAGUGUACAGACAGAACAGAGCGAGCUACACACCCCACCAAUGUUAGACCCCUUCGGAGUGUGGACAGUCAGCUUUCGCUUGUGGCAAGGGAGGAAUGAUUAGCCGUGCUCUACUUCUUGAAACAGGGAUGAUAUGUGCAAGGGUUGUGAGAGCCGUUGCUCCCUGUGGUGCAUCCCUCCUGUUCGGUCUGUGCCAAUUUUGUAAUUGGAGUGAGUUUGGCAGAUUUUUGAAAAAAAUAGAAACCCCUGCAGAACUUGUUUACCAGCAGCAAAAUGGGAUGACCAGCAAUCCUUUUCCACCCCCUGCCCCAUUUAUUUAUAGAUGUUUCCACAUUUCCAGGUUUGUGGAGACUUACUGAGAAGGGCAUCUGUUGGAAAAGAGUUAAUGCAGCUGUGGAAAGCUCAACCUUGUAUCCCUAUUAUUAUUGAUAGAUCUGGGGCAGAACUGAUCCUUUCAACCAAGUCUGAAGAAGUGGGGAAGCUUGUGCCCAUUUGUACUGGAUUAACGUUAAUGAUCUUUCAAUCCCCCAAAUCUAUGUUUUUUUAAAAAAACUCCCCUAAAAAUAAUUGAGGGUUCUUUACACAUUCUUUGCUGCUUUCUGACAUACACCUGGCCCAUGUCCUUGUAUUUCCCCAGCCCACAUGAAGAGGCACAGCUCUCUUAGGUGGGUAAUUGAUUCAGGACUGAGAGCUUAACAAGAAUGUUGUUCCAUUAAGAUUCAAAGCCUUGGUGUACUGGGCUCCAGGCUGAAAGCAAGACUGCGGCAAAUUAUAAUUCUGGAAAGUGAAGUGAAAGUACAAUGCAUUUUGUUGGUCUGAUGUAUCUUAUGUCUAGUGCACAUGCCUGUAAAUUCAUACACAUGUGCACUAGGCAGUAUGCAGUUUCACACACUGCCUUGAUAAGGAGUAUUUGGGAGCGUUGAAUGCAUACUGUUGAACUUUACAGAGUGUUGGGCUGUUUUGCUAUGAGUGAGAUCUAUGCAUGAAAGCCCCUUUCAGCUCAAGGACUGAAUUCCAUUUUGGAGAAACUCUUGGGGAGGCUGCAUUCCAGUGGAGAGAGGGGCCAAAGCGGGGAAUGGUGAGACAAAAGAUCAUAGCCAAGAAUGACAGCAUAUUUUUUAGCUUAACACUCACUGCUAGCAAUUAAGCCUUCAGAAAAGCAUUUCAGCCUUUUAGAAGACUGAAAGGAAAGGUACAUAUGCUGGGACACCACCACAUGUUUAGUAGCUUGGGGCGGGGUGGACAGAGAGGGUGCCUAUCUGUGGAACAUGGGCAGUCUGGAUUGGAACCCUAAGCAGGCCAAAUUUGGGUCCUGAGGUUCUGCAUCACCAAAGCAGACCCACUGAAAUAAAUUGGAAUUAAUUUGGUCAUCUCUAACUUGUCCCAUUGAGUUCAAUGGCUCUGUAAACAUGACUGGAUGCAACUGUAUACGUUUAACCAAAAGAGCAAUACAUGUUUGGCUUUUAAAUCGGAAGAGGAUGGAUUUUUGUAGGCAGAGUAGAUGUGGAAUAGUGAGGGGCUUAAGCAGUUAAGGAGUGUUACAUGCAAGACCCUGUUUUCAGCUGUGGAAUGUUGAAAUUAUGCAGCAUUUCCACAACAAACUCUUCCUGUAUGAAGCAUCCCUUGCAGUGUCUAUUAAACUCCUUCAAACCAA